UAAAUGCAUAUAAGCUUCUUUACACACAAGUAGCCUAUAAAUACACAAGAAUGCAGAAAGCAGCCGCUCAAUAAGAAGGGCUGGGUAAUGGAGGAAGGCAUCAAAGAGGAGCCGAAGAAAGCAGAAGCCGCCACAGGCCAGGACAAGGGCGCGUCGACGACGACGACCGCGGGGGCCAUGGCGGACGCGACGUUCAAGAGCAUCGGCGACGUGCUCAAGCUGCUGCCGACGGCGACGGUCAUCGUGUACGAGGUGCUCAACCCGAUCGUGACCAACACCGGCGACUGCCACGUCGCGAACAAGGUGGUCACCCCGAUCCUCCUGGCGCUCUGCGCCUUCUUCUGCGCGUUCUCGACCUUCAUCGACAGCUACGUCGGCGCCGACGGCAAGGUCAAGUACGGCCUCAUCACGCCCCGGGGCCUCCUGCCGUUCGUCCCCGACAACGGGGUCGCCGGGAGGGACUUCUCCAAGUACCGGCUGCGGCUGGCGGACUUCGUGCACGCGGCCUUCGCGGUCACCGUGUUCGCGGCGGUGGCUCUGCUGGCCGACGCCAACACGGUGGCGUGCUUCUACCCGGCGCUCAAGAAGCAGCAGAAGCAGGUGGUCAUGGCACUGCCCGUCGUGGUCGGCGCCGUCGCGAGCAUCGUCUUCAUCGUGUUCCCCUCCACGCGCCACGGGAUCGGGUACCCGCCGGCGAAGCCCGAGACGGGCGCGCUGGCGUCGCAGUAGCUAUGCCGGCUCGGGAGCUCAUUAGGUUUGCACUUGUCGCGGCAUCGUACGUAGCGCCAUGCCGUGUUGUGUGUGUUGUACGUACACGACUGUAUAUAUGUGUUAUUUUGCCACUCUUUGUCUGCACCUAUAUAUUGAUCUGUUGUCGCCAGACCCAUCGAUUA